AUGGUUGAAGUUAAAUUAUGUAUUAUAAAAUUAGACGGUGCAAGUGAAUAUCGCCGAAUCGGUAUUCCAUUACUAACUGCUUCCACGGAUAUUUUGUCAAUCUUACGUGAAAAACUUUCGCAAUUCUUUCCGGAAUUGAUGUCUCAGAAAAGUGGAAUUCAUCUGGAAUUUCAAUACGAAGAUGAUAUUCGUGGUCUUGUAUUAGCAACAAACUCCGAUGGGAUAAACGAAGCUGCACGUGAUCAGGCAUCACGUCAACAAUUACUUCGAGUUUUCGUUAAGUUUAUCAAAGACGAUGUUCCACCGUUGAAACUUCUUCCACCAAAGCACGUUGGAGUUAUUUGUGAUGGUUGUAAUCGUUCGCCCAUAAUUGGUGUUCGUUACAAAUGUCUCGAAUGUUUUGAUUAUGAUCUAUGCGAAUCAUGUGCCGAUAGACAAUUGAUUCAUAAUCAUCAUGUUAUGGCGAAAAUACGAACACCUCAUCAGAUUGACGUCGUUCGUAAACUCUGUUCAUCGACUCGACCAAAUUUACCCGAAUUAAUGAUUAAUCAACCGACUGAUAUUGAGAAAACAAAAUAUUACAAUACCAAUGCAACUCAAACAUCUAUGAUUGAAGAUAAAGAAGAACCAAUUGCUGAUGAUAUGGAAAUCAUCUCGGCGAACGCUAUUCAAGACGAUUUUGUUCAAUUAGAUUUGAAUGAAUGUACCGAACAACAACACAUUGCAAAAGUCAAGGAACAUCUCGAUCUCUGUAUUUAUCGUCGUAGUUUAUUUUCCCAGUGA